AUGUCCAGGCAGAUUUUUAUACAGAGCGAAACGUCUCUGCGGCGUGUCUCAGAAUAUAGUCGUUUCUUCCUAGAUGACUCAGAGUCUCGUGCACUCCAUAUUCACGACAAUCGCAAAAGGCCAUUCGCUCACUCGUCCCCCUUAUUUCUGGCAGCCUACAUCCGUCCACGAACUCUUUGCCUUCGCGGAGCGAUAUGGACCGGCCCUAAGUCACGCUUCCAUCCUGACAGUUUCUUCGACUACCUCCCGCUCUUCGCAUCCGUGACCUCUCUCUGGGUGUCUUCAUGCACGUUCCGCUCAACACGCGACCUCGAACGCCUGCUUGCCGCGUUUCCUAAGCUCGAUAAUGUGGUUCUCCACAAAGUCGACUGUUUCGCCGCCAUUAAGGAACCUUAUGCAGGGUUUGUCGCUGAGCGUCAAAUUGCUCACGAUGACUAUCGUCGUAUUACAGCCAUCUGUUACAACUCUUUGACGUUCUGGGACGUGCCGUCAGGAAUCGUUGCGUCCCUCUUGAAUUGGCUGGCUUCUGGCCCCGAGCGUAUGACAAUACAAAGCCUUACCAUCGGUGGCAUCGAAGUCCCUAGCUGGCAGCAUUUCACGGAGACGUUACUCCCAAGGUUUAAACCGUCCUUGCAGAACCUGUGCCUGCCGUUCGCUCCAAAAGGUCAGUCAUAUUUCAAUGGUGGCUCACAAGCUUGCUUGACGCCUAAAUCUGCGACAGAGCACGUCAGGCUGAUCUCCAACACCAAGUUGAAGGUGCUCGUGCUGAACUGUUGCAUUUUCGGUGCAGAGGACUGGAGUCAUGCCUGCCAUGCAGUGGGCUCCUUCCUCUCAAAGAUUCAGAAGAGCCAGCUUACGGCGCUACUGUUUGAGCUUGCCGACGCGACAUCUCAGAGCGAUGGCAAUGACUGCUGCACAGGGGACGCAUUUGUAGGGAACAUGGCGACUGUAACCAUGCGCGCAGACUGUAGUGCCGCUAAGUCACGCUUCCCUGCAUGCUUGGGUGUGCUCGCUAAUAGGUUACCUAUCGAGCACGUGCGGCAGUGCCAUGCCUUGAGCAACGCAGAUGCCAGGAACUUUUUCCAUCAACUAAUGUUUGGCCUGUGCGGCGCUGAUGGUUGGAACGCUUGUGGAGUUAUAAGAGACGAGUGGACACUGGAUAGCGGUCGUCGCUCACGGUGGCACGACUAG